AGCAAGGAAAGGGGAGGAAAAAACCCGAGCGGCGCCGAGUCUGUGUCGGCUGAGCGGCGCCGCCCGGCAGCGAGGCGCCCGCCCCGCAGCCAUGCCGGGCGGGAGGGAGACGCGGCUGUUGCACCUCGGCGAGAUGGAGAAGCUCGACAAGACCCUCUUCAGGCUGGAGCAAGGUUUUGAACUGCAGUUCCGAUUGGGCCCAACUCUUCAAGGCAAGCCUGUUACUGUGUACACAAAUUAUCCAGCUUCUGGAGAAAUAUUUGAUCGCCACAAGUUCAGGACACUAUCAUGGCACAAUCCCACAGGAAAAGAAGAUGAUUCUGACAAAUACUGCAAGCUGGAUCUCCAAAUUUCGGGGUCAUACCAAUAUUAUUUCAGUCUUGGAAAUGAAAAGAGUGGUGGAGGUUAUAUAGUUGUGGAUCCUAUUUUGCAUGUUGGAGCCGAUAAUCAUGUGUUACCUUUGGAUUGUGUUACGCUCCAGACGUUCCUCGCUAAGUGUCUGGGACCAUUUCAUGAAUGGGAAGAUAGGCUUAAAGUUGCAAAAGAAACAGGUUACAACAUGAUUCAUUUUACACCACUGCAGAAGCUUGGACUGUCUAGGUCAUGUUAUUCACUGGCUGAUCAGUUAGAAGUAAAUCCUGAAUUUUCAAGCCAUAAUAAAAAGUGCACUUGGAGCGAUAUAGGAGCUCUUGUGGAAAAAAUGAAGAAUGAAUGGAAUAUGCUUUGCAUCACAGAUGUAGUCUACAAUCAUACUGCCACUAACAGUGAAUGGCUCAGGAUGCAUCCAGAAUGUGGCUAUAACCUUGUAAAUUCUCCUCACCUGAAGCCAGCGUGGGUCUUGGAUAGAGCUCUGUGGCACUUGAGCUGUAUGGUGACUGAUGGAAAGUGUAUUGCUAAAGGCGUCCCUCCCUUGAUUGAAAAUGAUCAUCACCUGAAUUGUAUCCGUAAAAUAAUUUGGGAAGAUAUAUAUCCAAAAAUAAAACUAUGGGAAUUUUUCCAAGUUGAUGUUAACAAAGCUGUGCAGCAAUUUAAAACCCUUCUAACGCAAGGCAAAAUGAGCACUAAAUCUGAUCCAAGUCAACAUCUUCAAAUAGUUCAGGACCCUGAUUAUCGACGAUUUGGCUGUACUGUAGAUAUGAAUAUAGCACUGGCAACAUUCAUACCACACAGCAAUGGACCAGCUGCAAUAGAAGAAUGUUGCAACUGGUUUCGCAAGAGGAUUGAAGAACUGAAUGCUGAACAAUACAGACAAACUAAUCACCAUCAAGAACAGGCUGUCAAUUGUCUUCUGGGGACUGUGGUUUAUGAACGCAUGGCUGGAGAUGGUCCUAAGCUGGGUCCUAUCAGUAGAAAACAUCCCUUAGUUACCAGGUAUUUUACUUACCCAUUCAAAGAGCUAACUGUGGAAGAAGAAGAAGCUAUGAUACAUCAGCCAGAUAAAGCUUGUUAUUUCAUGGCUCAUAAUGGCUGGGUUAUGGGAGAUGAUCCUCUUAGAAAUUUUGCAGAACCAGGUUCAAAUGUUUACUUGAGAAGAGAGCUUAUUUGUUGGGGAGACAGCGUGAAACUGCGUUACGGUAGUAAACCUGAAGACUGCCCAUACCUCUGGGCACAUAUGAAAAAAUACACUGAAAUCACUGCUAAAUAUUUCCAUGGUGUUCGUCUUGACAACUGUCAUUCAACACCUAUUCAUGUAGCUGAGUACAUGCUGGACACAGCUAGAAAAUUGCGAGCCGAUUUGUUUGUAGUGGCUGAACUGUUCACAGGAAAUGAGGAGCUGGACAAUAUCUUUGUGAAUAGGCUGGGCAUUACCUCCUUAAUAAGAGAGGCAAUGACGGCUUAUAAUAGCCAUGAAGAGGGAAGGUUAGUUUAUCGUUUUGGAGGUGAACCUGUUGGCUCUUUUGUCCAGCCACGUUUGAGACCUUUGAUGCCAGCUAUUGCUCAUGCACUGUUUAUGGAUAUUACACAUGAUAAUGAAUGUCCAAUUAAGCACCGAUCUGCGUACGAUGCUCUUCCUAGCGCAAUGAUCGUUUCCAUGGCAUGCUGUGCUACAGGAAGCACCAAAGGCUACGAUGAACUAGUACCACACCAGAUCUCUGUAGUAUCUGAGGAGAGAUUUUAUUCAAAAUGGAAUCCAGGAGCCCAUCUGAGUUCUGGCGAAGUUAAUUUUGAAACAGGAAUUCUAGCAGGAAGGCUGGCCAUAAACAGAUUGCAUCAGGAGCUGGGUGCUAAAGGCUUUAAUCAGGUGUAUGUAGAUCAAGUCGAUGAAGAUAUAGUGGCAGUGACCAGACAUUGUCCUAACACACACCAGUCUGUUGUGGCUGUGAGUCGAACUGCUUUCAGAGAUCCUAAAAAUUCCUUCUACAGUAAAGAAGUGCCUGAAAUGUGUAUCCCAGGAAAAAUAGAAGAAGUCGUGCUUGAGGCUAGGACUAUUGAGAGAAGUGCUAGUCCUUAUAAAAAAGAUAAACAUUUUAUAAAUGGAUUGCCUAAUUUCACAAUGGAACUCAGAGAGCAUAUCCAGAUUAAAGACAGUAAAAUUAUAAAGCAAGCUGGAACUGCCAUAAAAGGGCCAAAUGAAUUUGUUCAAGAAAUAGAAUUUGAAAAAUUAACACCAGGAAGUGUAAUAGUAUUCAGAGUUAGUCUUGACCCAAAGGCACAAGAGGCUGUUGGUGUACUCCGCAGUCAUUUGGUCCAGUUCAGCCCUCAUUUUAAAUCUGGAAGUCUUCCUGAUGAUCAUUCAGCACCUAUAUUAAAAACGUUAUUUUCUUCUAUUGCGUCUAAACUAACUUUGGCUGACCUAAAUCAAGUACUGUAUAGGUGUGAGGCAGAAGAACAAGAAGAUGGUGGAGGUUGUUACAAUAUACCAAACUGGUCACCACUGAAGUAUGCAGGCCUCCAAGGGUUAAUGUCAGUGAUGGCGGACAUUAGACCAAAGAAUGAUUUGGGUCAUCCGUUUUGUGAUAAUUUAAGAUCUGGAGACUGGAUGAUUGAUUAUGUCAGUAAUCGUCUGAUUUCACGUGCAGGAGCCUGUGCAGAAGUUGGUAAAUGGUUGAAGGCCAUGUUUGUCUACCUAAAGAGAAUUCCACGUUACCUUAUCCCAUGUUACUUUGAUGCCAUAUUAGUGGGCGCAUACACAACACUUCUGGAUGUAGGAUGGCGUCAGAUGUCUAGCUUUGUGCAGAAUGGAUCAACGUUUGUUAAGCACCUUUCCUUGGGUUCAGUCCAGAUGUGUGGGAUAGGAAAAUAUUCUUGUCUGCCAGAUCUGUCUCCUUCCUUACAUGAUGUUCCCUAUAGGCUGAAUGAGAUUACAAAUGAGAAAGAGCAAUGUUGUGCUUCCUUGGCAGCUGGUUUACCUCACUUUUCUUCUGGAAUUUUUCGCUCUUGGGGAAGGGAUACAUUUAUUGCGCUGAGAGGCCUAAUGUUGGUUACUGGUCGCUAUGAAGAAGCAAGAAAUAUCAUUUUAGCAUUUGGUGGGACUUUAAGACAUGGUCUCAUUCCCAAUCUGCUUGGCCAGGGGACACAUGCCAGAUACAACUGUCGUGAUGCCGUAUGGUGGUGGCUUCAAUGCAUCCAAGACUACUGUAAAAUUGUUCCAAAUGGAUUGGACAUUCUCAGGUGUCCUGUUUCUAGGAUGUACCCAAGAGAUGACUCUUCUCCUCAACCUGCAGGCACUGUGGAUCAGCCACUUUAUGAAGUAAUACAGGAAGCAAUGCAAAGACACAUGGAAGGCAUAAAUUUCCGAGAAAGGAAUGCUGGUCCACAGAUAGAUCAAAACAUGAGAGAUGAAGGUUUUAAUAUAACCGCAGGUGUUGACAUUGAAACUGGCUUUGUCUUUGGAGGGAACCGCUUCAAUUGUGGCACUUGGAUGGAUAAAAUGGGAGAGAGCGACAGAGCUCGCAACAGAGGAAUUCCAGCUACCCCAAGAGAUGGCUCUGCUGUGGAAAUUGUUGGCCUAUGCAAGUCAGCCGUUCGCUGGUUGCGGGAUUUAUCUCGGAAAGAUGUGUUUCCAUUCCGUGGAGUCACUGUACAAAAACAUGGAAAGGAGGAGACUAUUACAUACGAUGAGUGGAACAGAAAAAUUCAAGGACACUUUGAAAGGUUCUUCUUUGUCUCUGAAAACCCUAGUGAUCGUAAUGAGAAACAUCCAGAACUUGUUCACAAGCGUGGAAUUUAUAAGGACAGUUAUGGAGCUUCAAGUCCAUGGUGUGAUUACCAACUCAGGCCAAAUUUUACAAUAGCAAUGGUUGUGGCCCCAGAGUUGUUCACACCUGAGAGAGCUUGGAAGGCUCUGCAGAUAGCAGAAGAAAAACUGCUUGGUCCAUUAGGCAUGAAAACACUAGACCCAGAUGAUAUGGUUUACUGUGGAGUGUAUGAUAAUGCUCUUGACAAUGACAACUACAAUGUAGCCAGAGGCUUUAAUUAUCACCAAGGACCUGAAUGGCUGUGGCCAAUUGGAUAUUUUCUUCGUGCUAAAUUAUACUUCUCAAAGUUAAUUGGUCCAGACAUAUAUGCAAAAACUGUAGUUAUGAUUAAGAACGUUCUUUCUCGCCACUACGUUCACCUUGAAAGAUCAUCCUGGAAAGGCCUUCCAGAACUGACCAAUGAAAAUGGACAGUAUUGCCCUUUUAGCUGUGAAACUCAGGCCUGGUCAAUUGGUGUUAUCCUUGAAAUCCUUUAUGACUUGUAAAAGUUUACUUUGAUUGGUUUGAUGAAACUUCUGUGGUCUUAUUAUUGGGCAUAAAUGAAUACUUGGCUUAUACUGCAAGGGAAAUGCACAAUCACUUAGCUGUGUCCUGACUUUCGAAGAUGCUGAAUGCCAGCAGCUCCUGUGCCCUGUAACUGUCUGGGGCUUGGGUUGUGUUUUGAAAAUCAGGCCAUGACAAUAAAAUAAAACUGCAGUGCACACAAUGCAGAAACUUUUAGUAAGGAGCAAUUUUAAGAAUAUGCACAAACUUUAUUUCAAGUAGCUUUUGGUUUUUUAGACUUUACACAUCAAAAUCUUAAUGUAACAAAGUGAGGUGGCUCUUACCUGAGCUAAAAGUAAGCAGCAAAGCUCUUAUGUUUUUUCUUUAAUUUGUCUCUUAAAGAGUAAAUGAUGUUUUGCAAAUGCAUGCCUAAAGGGGAAUAGACUACCUAUGGCUUUGAGUUUGGUAUGCUUUGUCCUGUAGCACCAUACAUUAGUGAAAGCAUAAUGUGUUGUCUCUCUGAACUGUAUAAUGGAGGUGAUUUUUGUAUGUGUUCUGUUGAACACUCCAUGAAGCAACCACAGAAAUAAAGUUUAUGGAUACUGUGAUACACCAAUCUUUGAAGUUAUAUAUAAAAUUUAUAAAGAUUUUAAACUACUUUGAGGGUCAACUCCAGCAAUAAUGAGAUAGUCCUAUGCUAAUCCAUUUCUUAAUUUAAACACUGUGAGCCACGCAGCAAACCUGUUUCUUCAUUUAAAUCUGUUUUUCACCAUGAGGAAUUAAUAAGAAACAUGUGCACGUGCGUACAAUGUACAGUCUGUAUGUUAGGGGAGACCAGAGAUGCAGAAGUCAAUGUGCUUGACUGCUUAAUGUAUUGAAGAGGUAUGGCCACCUCAGCCCUUUAUUCUUAGGGAAAUCCUAGCUCUGUUGAAGCAAGUUGAAACAGCAGGAGGAGAUUCUAGCCUACUACAAGAGAGGAAAGGAUGAUGUUUCUAGGCCUUUUGAAUUUACACCAUUAAGAACAAGCAUGCUACCUCUAUAUGUUGUUCUUUGGGAACAGCAUCCAGUAAACAUUAUGUCAAACACAUAUGUUCUCUCAUAUUUGGAGAUCUGUGUGCCCUUAUUGAGUUCAGUUCAGUGUUCCCAAACCAAAGGGUGGUUGACAGAAGUGCGGUUGGCAAUUCUCAACUCUCUCUAUGUCAUUUUUCUAUCUUAGUGCAGUAACAGGCAGAGUGAGGCUGACAAUGCUUCCCAUGUCACAGGGAGGGGAAAGCGAGACUAUAUUGCAUUUCUUAGACAACAUAUGCUGAAAAAAAUAUACACAGGAUGUAAUUAUAAUGCACUAAUAAUACAUAGGUCAAUUUUUUAUUAUAUACAUAUUUUAAAGUUCUGUAUCCUGUCUUAAGUGUGAGUGUGCCAUCAUGUUCAGGGAGAUGUUACAGACAGAUACAUUUAAGGACAAUUUAAUAGACUGAAGAUUGCUGAAUUGCGAUAAAUAUUUAUUUGAAAGGCUAAUAAAUGCUUAGCUUACUAAGAGUUCAGUACUUAAAAGUUACAAUUAAGGAACAUCUGUAUUGUACCUCAAAUUCUGAGCUGCUGUAGUACAUGAGUUGGGAAAUUUUAUUUUCUCAACAUGAUGCAUGAGAGAUGUCACUUGAUAAAAAAUGUUAAUGAAAUAUGAGCCACAGAUUAUAUUUUCAGUGUGCAAGGGGCAAAUGAAGUAUUUUUCAUGAUGUACUGAACUUUCCAAAAUUAUUGGUAAUGGUAUUGAGAUUUAUGUCCUACUGAAUCACUAGCUUUUUACAGUUUUCUUAGAUAAUUAUUUCUCAUGUAUUAUUACAAGUUACUUUUGCAGCUACUAUUGUUUGGAAAGCAGGAACAAUGUAGCAGAACAAAUUGUUCUUGCUUGAUGGAAGCAUUUUAAAAUUGGGAAUUAGCCUAAGAGCUAAAACUAUGGAAGAUUUCCACAAGGUUUCAAAUUAUGUACAUUGGCAAUAGCACUCUUUCAGUGUUGGGGGAAAAAAAAAAGUCAGACAUUAUUCAUCAAAACCUUUCUACAAUAUUACAGAUGACUUUCCACUGUUUUGCAAACUGCCCUGCUGAUAGACUGCAUAUUUGUCACUGCUAGUUUUUUUAUUUUCUAUUUUAAUAGUAAAUUUCAAAGGUAAAUCACACUGUGUACACAAAAAUGCAUGUGUGGAACUUCUAAACGAUGCCCAUUUAUAAUGUUGCUUCUGCACUGAUUAGUUGAGCAUAGUUUUAGGAACAGAUAAAUGUUUUAAAUAGGAAAAAACUCCCAUAUAUCAUAUUGGUUGACUUUGCUGUUAAGUAGCAACAAAAGAUUUGAGGUUAUAAGUGUUGGGGGGUGGUAGUAGUUUAUUGGUUUGUUGGGGUUUUAGGUGUUUUUUUAUUAUCACAAAGCUACUCAACACUGUCAAGUCAGACAUUUGAAAAAUGAAGAGAGAAGAAAGCAAUGUUGAAUCUAACAGUUAUAUGAGCUGGUAUUCAUCUGGAUAAACUCUAUACCAAAAAGUCAUUAUCCCCUAAAAAUACCUGACUUAUUUUGACUGAUCCUGAACUGUAUUUUCACUCAUUAGUAUCACUUAUAUUAUACACUCAAAAACUUAUAGUAACUCAAAUUGUAGUCAGUAAAACCAGUAAGAACUGUGAAUCCAUAUGUCCCAGUUGGCAUUUCCUAAUCUAUAUGGUAUUGAGACAACUUUUUUUUUCCUUCCAGUUGAAAUAAUUUUGUCUGUUCCCAGUGUUUGUACUGUUAUUAGCUCUUGAUUUAUUCAAAGAUUAACUUGAGAAUUCAAGUGAAAUAAUGUAUCAUUCUCACACUGCAUGUUGUCAUGUAAAGUGGGAAGAUGAGUUUUACAUGUGUCUGUCUAGCACAGCAACAACUGAGUUUAGAAAAUGUCAUUAUUCAUGUAAUUCUGAAAUGCACAAAAUAAAAUUCUUUAAUUCAGUUAAUCUUUUCGAGUGGUUGUUUGGAAAGAAGCCAAAUGAUAGAGAUGAUGCUUAUUCAGUCGUUGGCAGUUUUAUAUGCAUGG